GAACUUCAGGAGCUCCUAAAGUAUCGAGAUAACUCAGACAAAACCCUUGAAGCAAAUGAAAUGUUGCUUGAGAAACUUCGGCAGCGAAUACAAGAUAAAGCUAUUGCUCUAGAGGCUGCUGCAGAGAAGAUGGUACACUCCCUAAUGGAAAGAAAUUCAGAGUUACAGGCCCUGCGCCAAUAUUUAGGAGGGAAAGACUUCAUGAUGUCCCAAGCACACAUCUCUAACCAACAAGCUGAAGUUACCUCCAACAGCCCCCCUCUUGGAGAGCAGACUGAUCAAAGUUCAAUACAAAUACCCUCCAGAGAUGGUAGCACUUCAUUGACUGCCAAAGAGGAUGCCAGCAUACCCAGGUCCACAUUGGGAGACUUGGACACAGUCGCAGGUCUGGAAAAAGAACUGAGUAAUGCCAAAGAGGAACUUGAACUCAUGGCUAAAAAAGAAAGAGAAAGUCAG